AUGAACGCAAGAAGGAGAUGGCGAUUCCAGUUUCUGGAUAGAGUCUACUGUCCCAAGUCGUCUUGUAGCUUCUUGAUGUCAGACCGUGACCAAGUCAUGUCGGACAAGUCAGAAGCACGCAAGUCCUUGGAGUGUGGCUUAAAUUUCUGCAGAAAGUGUCAUGUUCUGUGGCACUACAAGAAGAUCUGUGAAGAGUUUAAGAAGUCAGAGUUGUAUCGAAAAUCUGGAGAUGCACUUUUGGAGUCUCUAGUUAAGAAAGAAGCGUGGAAGAAGUGUCCCCUUUGUGCCACUGUCGUUCAGCAAAAUGGUGGCUGCAAACGAAUAACUUGCAGGUUUUAG